CGGCUAGCACGGAAAAGGGUGUAGAUAUGGCCUCUACUUCUGCAUUGCAGAUGCCCAAGGACUGUUAUCUCGGGUGUCCACUCUAGAUCCAUCCUCCGGUUCCCAGAAGCCAACCAUUUUCGAAAGCAAUUGACUUAGUCACAAAAGCCACAGAAGAAGACAAAAACAAGAACUAUGGAGAAGCACUGCGACUAUAUGAAUCAGCUGUGGAAUAUUUCCUUCAUGCUAUGAAAUAUGAAGUCCCGAAUGAAAGGGCAAGAGAGAGCAUCCGAGGCAAAUGCAAACAGUACCUAGAUCGAGCAGAAAAACUGAAAGAAUACAUUGACAAAAACAAGGAUAAAAAAAAGCCAGUGAAGACUGGAGAAGGAAAUUCUGGGAAAAGGGGAAGUAAAGAGUCAGAUUCAGACGAUGAUUCAGACCCAGCAAGAAAGAAAAUGGAAACCAGACUUGAGGGGGCUAUUGUAGCUGAGAAGCCCAAUGUGCGAUGGGAUGAUGUGGCUGGACUAGAGGGAGCUAAGACAGCACUAAAAGAAGCUGUGAUUUUACCCAUAAAAUUUCCCCACAUGUUCACUGGCAAGAGAACAGCGUGGAGGGGAAUUUUGUUGUUUGGGCCCCCAGGAACAGGUAAAACUUACCUAGCCAAAGCUGUUGCCACAGAAGCCAACAACUCCACAUUCUUCAGUGUGUCCUCAGCAGAUCUGGUGUCAAAAUGGCUGGGUGAAUCAGAGCAGCAUGUCAAAACACUAUUUGAAAUGGCACGUGAACAAAAGCCCUCGAUUAUAUUUAUUGAUGAGGUUGAUUCACUUUGUGCAUCAAGGUCAGAGCAAGAGUCUGAGUCAGCCCGAAGAAUUAAGACCGAGUUCCUCGUUCAAAUGCAAGGUGUGGGUAACCAGAAUGAUGGAGUACUUGUUUUGGGGGCCACCAAUAUCCCAUGGGUCUUAGAUUCAGCUAUUAGGAGAAGGUUUGAGAAACGAAUUUACAUUCCUCUGCCAGAGAGUCAUGCUCGCACCAGUAUGUUCAGGCUGAACUUGGGGAAUGACACACCACACAGUAUCUCAGAAGAGGACUUCCGUACCCUUGGGUCUAAAACAGAAGGGUUCUCGGGAGCAGAUAUCAGUAUUGUGGUGCGUGAUGCCCUGAUGCAACCGGUUCGUAAGGUUCAAACUGCCACCCACUUUAAGUAUGCCCGUGGCCACUCACGUGAUGACCCAAAUAUUAUGGUAGAUGACCUGCUUACACCUUGUUCUCCAGGGGAAGCAGGAGCUAUGGAACUGACUUGGGAACAGAUACCUGGUGACAAGCUCUUAGAACCUGUUGUAUCAAUGAGGGACAUGCUGCGUUCUCUUGCAGACUCUAAACCCUCAGUUAAUGACGAGGAUCUGGAUAAGCUACGCAAAUUUACUUUAGACUUUGGGCAAGAAGGGUAAAAAAGUUUCAUCAUUGAGAAAUUUUCUUUUUAACUAUAUUUUGCAUACUGCAUGAAUAUUGUCCAUUGUUAUUAAGUAACAUUAGAAAUACCCUAAUGCAGAUUUUCUAGCAAUCAGUAAUAGAAGCUGUGAUGCCACGUUUUGGGUUGCAGCAUCAGUAGUACAGUAUGUAAUUUGAUUUGAUUUAAUGAUUGAAAUAAUAAAUUAAAUCAUAAACUAAAAGACCUAGUGUUCAUGAUUGGCCUCUCAUUGAUUGUUGUGUCUUGUUAGACAACCAGUGGAAGUGCUGUAGACACAUUAAAAUGUGUAAUGUACUGUUAUUACAAAUGAUGGUCCUAAUUUAGAAAAAUUUAAAUGGCAUGAUCCUUAAAAUCAGAUGAAACUAGCUGUUAUUUGUCUCUUAUCUCUGUACUGUACUUUAAAGCUCUCUUAAACUCUGUCAGAAAACAGUUAUGUGAUACCUACAGUAGAUCAUUAGAUGAAAUUCAAAAUUCCUCCUGUGAUUUAAUAAUUGGUCCAAUUUAUCUUUCUCUAACCAUUAAGUUAUUUUUUAAGAGAAAAUUGACUUUCUCCAUACUUCAGAGGUUAUCAAUACAGUAAUGUAUUCAUUUGUUGUAUCUCCCAGUUUAGAUUAACAUUGCUUAUCAAUUUAACUGGAACGUCCAUACACUGUCGUGUGACUAUUAACUAAGCAAAGAACGUUUAUUUAAAGUCCAGGUUAAUUUGUAUGUACUUUAAGUUAUAUUUCAUAGGAAAUUAUACAAGAUUAUUCACAAAAAUGUUAUCAGAACACAUCUAAUCUACUGUACUUAAGAGGGUGCAGGAUGGUGAAGAACUGCUUGAAAGAAUAGAAAACAUUGGGGUAAUUUCUAAUAUUCCCAGUAGAGUGAAUGUACAGUAUUGAGAAACAUACCUCUCAGCGUUUAGAAGGAGAAAACGAUGGUGAGCAACAUGAACAUCAGGGUUAGAUUAAGUAACUUAACUUAGCCAAUACAAGUAUACUAGAAAGUAACAUUUUUAUGAGUAACCAUGUACAUCUUGUAAAUAGCAGUAUUUCAAUUAGGCUUUUUAUUAAUGGCAGAACAUCAAUAUUGCUGUUCCCCAUGUAAAAUAUUUUUGUUUCCCAUGUUAAUUACUUUAUGGUUAUAUUAUUAAUUGGAUUAUUUUUUUCACAUUUUCAACAAAGAUGAAAAGCCUUUUUGAUAAAUUUUUCCAACAAUAAAGUUAUAUAAAUUGUGCCUCAUGCCUUUAUAUAAUAUGUAAAGAGGUUCAAUUGAAUUACCUGUUAUGAAUGAGCCUUGCAAGAAUGUGCAGUGAUUACUAGGUGUUAGGAGUUCCUGCAUUGGCACCCCACUGUAUAAUGGCUAAUACAGAUCGAUAGGUAAAAUUAUACUUGCACUUUUGUAAGUCAUGACAAAAUGGUAAUCCUUAUGGAUCUGUAGUGAAUAUUGUUUUAAAAAGUGCGUUUAUUAUUAUAGUUCCCAUUUGACUUUGAAAUAGGAUGAUUAAGUGUGUAGCUUUCAUCUUUUUGUGUUUUCUGUCAGUCUCUUACACUAACUGCUUUGGGUCAUUAACUAGCAGUGACCUGUGUGGUCUUUCUCUGUUUAGAUCUAAAGUAGAAUAUAUAAUAAAAACAUGAACAUACAGCUCUAACAUCUAGUGCUCCAAUAUUUUUUUCUUUUUCUUUUUUUCACUAGAGAGCUAGGUGUAUAGGUUCUACAAAAUAUAUAGUUUCAGUAUAAAUGGAAUUUGGCAGUUGCCAGUUGGUUUCCAUUGUUUUGUAAUAUGUAUGUAUUAGUACAGUAGUAGUAUUUUUACAAAGUUUUGGGUUCUAUAAGGGAAAAUAAAUGUUAUUAAAGGUGCAUCCUGUCAUCAACUUAUACUUACACUGCCAGUAGUUGGUAUACUCAAAUAACUACUGGCAUUUGUCAUAUGAUUGGAAAGAAAUUUGUAAACAAAGUAUAUGUAAUAAGUCAUGUUAAUUUCAGGACACUUAUGAUGGUGUGGUUUCAUGCUUAAUUCAUCAAUAAUAAUCCAGGUGUACAUAUUAGAAUAGGCAGUAAUAUGGUUGAUCACUUUUCAUGAAGGUCUUAAAGUGAAGUCUAUUGUUAAUACAGUAUUGAGACUUGCAGUAGGCUAAAAGGAUACCUUAAAAAGAUAUGGGAAAUAAAAACUCAUUUCCUUUUCAAAUGUACUGCAUCAGAAUCAUCAAAUUGUUUUCUAUUAUGUUAUUAAGUGUAAAUUUUACUGGCCCCCCCCCCUCCCCCUCAUAUGUCCUACACAAGACUUUUAAUAAAAACAUAUUAUAGGAAUUAAUAGGUGCAAAAACAAAACUAGUUUUUAUUUGAGUUUCCAUUGGAUAAAGGGAUGAAUUGCUUUCGUGCUUAUUGUUAUAAAGCUUUAAUAUCAUUGAGAUAUGUUACUCGAGUUGCUUGGAACCAACAAAUUGUACUGUACAUUUCUUUAUACUGUUCCUCUCCUGGUAUAUGGUGUUACAUUAUAUUUCAUAACCUUAAUUACCAGAGUUUAGUUACUGUAUUUAAUUUGCCUGUACAGAGAACAGAUAACAUUUUAACCAGUUGCACAUCUAUAAAAACAUAAAUCGGUAAAUGAAUUGCAGCAGCUCUAGAGCUAUUUAAAACAUUACUGAUAGUUGCUUUAGAGUCAAAUAAACCUUCAAUAACGGUUGCUCUAGAGCUAAAUAGACCUUUACUAACAGCAGUUCUAAAGCAUAUUAGAAAGAAUUACAGUACCCGGUAUAGUACAGUAAAAGUAAAUAUAACUUUAAUUAUAUAGCUCAGCUGUUAACUAGUACAGUACUUAUAUUAGUAUUAGAUUCAAUAAUAAAUAUAGUCCAUUUAUGAAAAUAGUGUGUCGGCUUAAUCUGGACACUUCUAUUUAGUGAUCAGUCUGCAGCCUUAAUAGGGUCUUGAGUUUUCAUCAUGGGUAUAAUACUAUGUUUACAUGCCUUUAUUUUUGCUCACUGCAAUCAUAGAUUGAUUUUUCUUUUCAAGAUAAUCAGGACAGUUGUUUUUUAUAGAUUGAAAUCGUAGUAAAUCAGGGCCCUUGGGAUACCACUCGGUACUUUUUUUUUUCAACUUCUUGUUCAGUAACUACCACUACUGUACAAGUUUUCUCUUAUUCUGGCAACUUGUAGAAACCUAUGACAGCAAAAUAUCGAUGUUACUGCUAUACUUGUCAUGGUAAAGGGAUGUUUCACAAAUUACAAACUUGUGAUCAGUACUAAUGUGAAAAGUUGAACAACAACCAAAGCAAAAAUAGGGGUCAUGCCAGGUCAGGUCAAGCAAAAGACAAGAGAGAGGCACACAUCACCUACACUCAUAAAUGCCAUCUUAUGACCAACUGUGUAAACAACAAUUCACUUGCUCACAUCUGUCCCAGUACAGUACAGAAUAAUAGCCUCAGUGCUUGACCACUUGGUUGGUAUCUUAAGUCUUGUCUACUUUGGACAACAUUGGGAUUUCAACUUCCAAAAAAGUUUGCUGGACUAAUAUGAUGUCUGAAGGCCAAGAAAUUGGUGAAUUACUGUUGCCAAAUACAGCUUAGAUACAAAAUCAAAAUAUAGUAGUACAGUAAUAUCCCCGUUAGCUGGAAUCUUUGAUCCCCAGAACUUUCCAUUUACCGGAAAAUAUAAUUUUAGCAUUCCAAAACAAUCUCUGUUACAGCCAUUCAAAUGAAUUUUCGAGUGAGCUAUGAUUGGCUACUACUGUCAUGUGACUACAUGGGAUAUUAUGAUUGGCUGAUGUAUCUCACAGCGCCUCUCAGCAAUGUGUUUCAUUAAUGAUGAACAUUCAUUGUAGUACUGUAACCAUAGCUAUUAAGGAAAAUUCCCUUAUAAAAAAUCAUGCAUAGUAUUGGCCAUUACUUUCAAACAACUUGCUAAUUUUGCAAGAAUAAUGCAGAAAAUUUUUUAAUCAAAUAAAGACGAGAUGAAAUGAUAUUCCAAGUCCUGUGGUACUACAAAUAAGGCAAGAAUAAAUCAUAAAUAAUUAUAUGGUACACAAACAGUCUAACAUACAGUAAGUUCAAAAUGAUUGAAAAAUUAGAAUAUGUAGUUGGGUUAAUUUGUCACAUUAUAAAAGGUUUACAUGCAUUUACAAGAUUAUGAAUACACCCCCUGUACUUUAAAGUGCCUAUUUCUACUUACUAAUGUAUGUUUUCACUCAUGCUAUACUAUUCUGCUAAGGUGGAUUGUGAUUAUUAAGUAAAAGUGAAUGUUGAAUUA